CUUCUUAUUUUCAUUAAAUGAUCUUGAUAAUCCUCAAAGCGCAAAAUUAGGACGCGUUACUAAUAGUGAUUAUGCAGUUUAUUGCCAUAAUUACUGUGGUCCAACUUUCGGAGGCAGUCCAGCACUCGGAGGCGGUUCAUUAUUCGGAAGCGGUUCAACACCUGGAGGCGGUUCAUUAUUUAGAAGCAGUUCAACACUUGGAGGCGGUAUCGGAAAUAUUCAGACAUCUAGAGAUAGUCACGAUUUACACGUUCCAAAUAACGGGAAUAUUUGGCAAUGUAAUGUAUAUUCCUACCCUGAUAUUGGAAUCCCAAAUUCAUUUACAAUCUCAGAUUAUGAAGUGUUCCAAGUAAUUAAAAAUUAG